AUGAUUUCAGGCUGCAUUUCCACCCUGCUCUUCCAACCCUUCCAGCUCACGCUUCCCUGCCCUGCCUCCUUGCCCCUGCCCAUCUGGGGGCACGGAUAUAAACCCCUCCAGCCAAUAUGUUUCCUGUGGGGACCCAGCUUUGCCUGGAGGGUGCACAUGACUCCUGUCCCAUCCCAGCUCUUUCCCUAGGGACAGAGAGAGGGGAUUUUCUGGAGGCUGCUGGCAGUGAGCUCACACCGUGGGCAUUCCUUCGGAGCUAGAGCGGCAGGGCAGGUUGCUGCUCCAGCUUUGCUGGAAACCUUGGAGCUCCCAGAGCGUGUGGAAGCAGUGCUGGUCCAUCCAGGGAUCACAGGCCCGAGCUCCCAGGAGCCGAGUUCCAGCCCUUGGGAAGAUGCUGAGGAACGACGGUGGAGAACAGAGCCAAUGAGCACCAACCUCUGCAGGGCUGUCCACUCCCCAGAGGUAACUCACAGAGCACAGGGAAGUCUUCCUGGCAGGAAGGUCUGAGUCAUAAAGAAAGUGAGGAGAAGGGAGAAGAUGAGGUGACCAGGACUGGGCUGAAAUGGGGAAGAGUCCUCUGGCAGCAACGGCACCUGACAAGAGAUGUUAAUGCCAUGGAUUGGUGACCAUCCUCAGAGUCCAAGAGCAUUUUCUGAGGCAAUUUGCAACUCCUGCAUCGAGGGCAGAGAUGAACAAUUGAGCAGUAGGAUGUGUGUUGGGAAGAGGAUGAGCCCUUGGUAGCCGGGGUGCUGAGGAUGCCGAGCAUAUUUUCCUACCAGAGUGCCGAGGUGGAUUGGUGUGAGAGCAACUUCGCGCGCUCGGCGGUGAUUGCCGAGUACUACAACACCAUCAGCAAUGUGAGCUUCUUUGUGCUGUCUCCUGCACUGCUGUACCUGAACAGGCAGUACUGCCAGAAGAAGGCUGUGCCCCUCUACUUUGUCUCAGGGCUGCUCCUCCUCGUAGGUGUCUUCUCCAUGUACUUCCACAUGACCCUGAGCUACGUGGGACAGCUCUUGGAUGAGCUCUCCAUCCUCUGGACUCUGGCUGUGGCUUAUUCCUUCUGGUAUCCACAGGCUUACUUCCCCAAGUGCAUCAAGACCAGGAGGCAUUUCUUCUGGCUGACUGGUAUCACCACCGUGACCAGCACCCUGAUGUCUUUUGUCAAGCCCACCCUCAAUGCCUAUGCUCUCAACUGCAUCGCCUUCCACUUGCUGUACAUGACCUGGAAGGAGCUCAAGAAGUGCAAUGACAAGCGGGUUCACCGGAUGGCCGCAGUCAUGGUGAUGUGGUGGGCACUGGCCAUCACCAGCUGGAUCAGUGACCGCUGGCUCUGCUGGCUCUGGCAGGCCAUCAACUUCCCCUACUUCCACAGCUUCUGGCACGUGCUGAUAGCCAUGUCCCUGCUGUACUGCUGCCCACUGGUCAUCUACUUUGACGUCAGCUACGAGAUGCCCUCGUUCAAGCCAAAGCUGGAAUACUGGCCCAGUGACUCAUGGCCUGUUGUGGUGCCCUAUGUCACCCUGGAGGAGCCCCACAAGCAGUGCUAGAGCUGGGUGCCCUCAGGCCUCCCUGGGCACGGGGUUUGUGAUGCUCCCACAAGGAACAUCUCGGUUGUGUUCCUCCUGUUGCUCAGGCAGGGGCAGCGUGGUAGUGGAGGGGGCAGGGAGCAGCUGAGGCCUCGUGAUGCUGGGCAUGAAGCAAGGUGGGAGCCCACAGGUGCCUCAGAAGGCUCUGCCCAGACUGGUGUUCAGGGAGCUGGAGAUUUCCUCCAGCAGAUCCUCACGAGGUGGGGAGGGACACAGUGCUGCUUCUGUGUCCUCUAUGUUAGUCAAGCACCAGCACCCCUUGCUGACAAGGGCACAGCGGAGAACACUGAAGCCAAACUGGUGACAGCUGGGUUUGUUGGGGCUGCUCUAAUUAUUAUCAUUAACUCUAUUUAUUGAUAUAUGUGGUCUUACUCAGGACAGCUGUGCAUUAAAGCUGUGGACACUGA